UCGUGAGUGAAGCACGUUGCUGUAAGUGUUUGCCCCUCACUUCUCGGGUUUUGUUGCAAACCAGAUUCCUUGCACCCUGUCGGCCCAAAGCAGCUGUUGCCUGGCGGUCGAUUGCUUUGUUCAAGCAUGCCGGAGGAUGGUGAGGGGGAAAAGAAGGAGAAGGAUGAAGAAGAGGAAUCGGAACUUUUUGUGGGAGAUUGUGUGCGCAUUGCCGGCAGUAUGGCAGAAGUCAAAAAACACUUGGAGGUUGUGGACAUGACGUGGGAAGGAAGUUUCAUGGGAGUUCUUGGCAAGAACGGCGUUGUCAAGUCGGUUCGCUUUCAUCCGGGUGACGACAAAGCUCGACAGAUUUGCGUUGUGAACGUUCAUGACGGACCGGAAGUUUCUCUUCCAGGUGCUUCUCUGACAGUUGUUGAAGAUGAUGAAAGCGACAAGGAAAGUGUAGACAAAGGUAGUGAUGAAGAAGAAGAGGAGGAGGAGGAGGAGCGCGUGCGAGUUCCCCUUCGGGUCAAUAUGCGUGUGGAGGAUACCAAGAGAAAAAAGAAGAAGAAAGUCUGCAUCGGAGUGAUCUUGGAACUUGGUGAAAGCGAGACAAAUGUAAAGUAUGAGGACGGUCGCACCAAGCGAGUAGCAAACACGAGACUGCGGCCACUUGAGCGCGUGACACGGGACGCUACUGGUUAUUCUGGUGACAGCAGCUUCAACGAUUUUCGCUUCACCAAGAAUUGCUUGCCAACCGGGAUUGAGGUGGUUGGCGACGGUGCUGAUUUGGAAAAGAAUCGUGCUGGUCAAAGCUACCUGCACCUCAAAAAGAAUACCUACUUGAGAGUGCCUCUACGUGGACUUCGACAUGAGAAGCUUCGCCCUGGUGAGCCAAUUCCUCGAUACACAUUGUCUCUGGAGGUGCGGUUGGCGGACAGCCACCGAAGACUGGGAGACUCACCAUGGUCGCUCUUUCAAGCAAGCUUUCCAGAUCCCCAUUCUACUGAUGAACUUUGUGUGGUGGCUGAAGACAAACCCCAUAAACGCAAAUGGAAGGUUUUGACCAAAGAAAACGGCUUGGUUGUAACGGCAGAAGCAGACCCUAACUCCAAGGAGUUGUGCCGCCUUCCGGCAAAUGCUGUCGUUGUGGAGGAUGGCAUUCCACCAAAGAGACUUCCCACCGGUGAGCGCCGACUCCGAAUUCGGUACAAGGCUGAUGCUGCCAAACAAGCAGAAGGUGAUCUUAUUGAUGCCAUGGAACCCGAAGAAUAUAUUGUAGAGGUUGAAGCAGGAUACUUUGGAAGUGAUUUCGGGACAGCUGCUACGUCUGUCCGUGUCUGUUCCAAAGGGGUACUGAAGACCUUGAAUUUCAGACCUGGUGUAGAGGGUGGAGCUGCUGGAAUAGAUUCUGAGCAAGGAGCCAGCAUGGGUUGGACCCCUCGGGAUCGCACCAUGCACACAGUUCGCAUCACCAUUCGCAAGACCGGCUGGCAUACUUUUGAGAUCAUUGAUGGCAGCGACUCUGAGAAGACUUGGUCCAAAGAUUUCAAGGUUUUGGGAUGGUUUGAUGACUACAAAGGAAUUUCAGGGAUCGCAAUCACAGAUCCUGACAACGAAGAGCUGGAACUUGGCAAGGAGCGUGAAUACCACAACAGUGGAACCCACAAGCUGCGAUUGCGCAGAAUGGGAGAGGCAACAGCUGAUGUGGAUGACAAGUUCGACCCUCGCGGUUGGGUAACCAUCCGCAAGACAGAUAUGGAAUUGGUGGAGGAGGCGCACGGACAGAAAGCAGCAAAAGGGCCACAGCUCCACCCCCAAAAACCACUGAGUCCUAAAGUUGACCGACUAAAUGUUUCUUUCAUCCAGGUGCUUUCUAAGAGCCGGGCUUGCGGAGAGACCAGUGACAAGCAACAGGUAUCUUCGUUCAGAUCGAUGGCACACAGUGACCAUCACAUCCGAUUGCCAAGAUCGAACAGUGCUUGUUUUCUUGGAUGGGAUGCAAGCUACUGAAAAGG